AUGGCUGAAUCCGUAGCGACCGACCCCUCGAACCCGGUGGUGUUCUUCGAUAUCGCCCUUGCAGGUCAGCCUCUGGGCCGAGUGAAAAUGGAGCUUUUCGCCCAUGUGACCCCACGGACUGCUGAGAAUUUCCGACAAUUCUGCACGGGGGAGAGCAAGAACUCCAAAGGACAGCCUCAGGGCUACAAGGGGAGCAAAUUUCACCGCGUGAUCAAAGAUUUCAUGAUUCAAGGUGGAGACUUCAUCAAUGGAGACGGCACCGGAUCGUGUACCAUCUAUGGAACGCCCAAGUUUGCGGACGAAAACUUCGCAUUGACCCAUGACCGUCCAGGUCUUUUGAGUAUGGCUAAUUCGGGACCCAAUACCAAUGGUUGCCAAUUCUUUGUCACCACAACCGCAACGCCUUUCUUAAACAACAAACAUGUCGUGUUUGGCCAAGUCGUUGAUGGAUUAGACGUGAUUCGUAUGAUCGAGAAUACUCGAACUACAAGGGACAAACCAAAUCAAGACGUGACAAUUGUGCAAUGUGGAGAAAUGUAG